AUGUCUACCACAAGAAUCUCAACACCGAAAAGGUCACCCAAAAAAUCGACUUUCGUCAAAACUGGAAUUUUGAGCACCAAAUCAACACCCAAUCUCAACGCCUCCUAUAAUUUGGCAUUACUACAAGCUUCAGGAGCUACACCCGUUCCUGCAUAUCCUUCCAAUAACGGUCAAGGGUUUGCCUUAAAUAAUCCUAGGUCGCAACCAUCUCGACAAGUCUCACUUGCUUCCCUUACCUCAAACUCACUUGCGACAAUCCCAGAUGCAAGCAAGAGAUACCCUCUCUCUACAGUUUUUGAUGAGGAUAUGCCAACAGUAGGCAACAUGCCACCAUACACACCUGCUCGAGUUGGCGGUGGGCCGGAGGAACUAGAGGUUGGUGAUAUAGUCGAUGUACCAGGUAACAUGUAUGGCAUUGUCAAAUUUGUUGGCAGUGUGCAGGGCAAAAAGGGUGUAUUUGCAGGAGUAGAAUUAAGUGAAAUGUUUGCUUCGAAAGGAAAAAACAAUGGAGAUGUUGAAGGAAUUCACUACUUCGACACAACAAUCGACGGUGCUGGAAUUUUUCUUCCAGUUACCAGGGCGAAAAGACGCAGCACCCCUUCUUCGCACGAUGAGUCAUUUCCCCUUUCACCGGCUUCUCCUUCGAUGGGCAAUAGGGCUGGGAGAUUGGGAUCAGAGUUAAAUGGUCAACCAAUGCCUUUGUUACCAAAGUUCAGUCAAUCUGUUGGUCCAGGCAGAACCACAAACCCAUAUGUUCAAAAGACACGGCCAUCCAUGGCUACACCUACCACGUCAAGACCAGAGUCACCAGUCCGAAGAGCACCCAAUGCUAACCCGUCAUUAAAUACACCUGCACAAAGAGUUCCAUCUCGAUAUGCAAGCCCUGCACAGGCAAACUUUGGUCAGAGCGUCAGAGCAACACAAGAUUCUAGAGACCCAAGUAAGAGAGUUGGUUAUACCCCUCGAAAUGGCAUGAAAACACCAGUCCCUCCACGAAGUGUUUCCGCACUUGGAACGGGGAAUAGACCUGCACCAAUGAACUCGAUGAAUUACAGCGAUGACGAGACACCUCCUGUAGAGAUUGCACGUACGGCAACAAACGGGAGCGUAGGCUCAGUCUCUUCCUUUAACGCGAAAUUACGACCUGCAUCAAGAUCCGCAUCGCGUACAACCUCCCGGGCUACUGACGACGAAUUUGAGCGAUUGAGAAGUCUGUUAGAAGAUCGCGAUAGGGAAAUAAAAGAACAGGCUUCUAUUAUUGAAGACAUGGAGAAAACUCUCAGCGAAGCACAAUCGUUAAUGGAGAACAAUAAUGAGGACGCGAGUGGUAGACAUAGUCGGGGAAGUGUGGAUGACAAAGACGCAACACAGUUGAGGGCUAUCAUACGCGAAAAGAACGACAAAAUCGCCAUGCUGACUGCAGAAUUUGAUCAGCAUCGAGCUGAUUUCAGAAGCACGAUAGACACGCUCGAAAUGGCCGGUGCGGAAACCGAGCGAGUAUAUGAUGAACGCAUGCGUACUCUUGUAAUGGAGCUCGAUACAAUGCACGAGAAUAGUCAUGAUGUCAAGCACGUUGCUAUACAACUGAAACAGCUAGAAGAGCUCGUUCAGGAGCUCGAGGAAGGUCUUGAAGAUGCACGACGUGGUGAAGCCGAAGCUCGGGGUGAAGUUGAGUUCUUGCGUGGAGAGGUUGAAAGAACUCGAUCUGAACUCCGUCGCGAGCGAGAGAAGACUGCAGAAGCUCUCAGUAACGCAAAUUCUCCUGCCAACGCAAGUGCGGGAACGCAUUCGAAAGAGAUUGCGCAGAGAGAUGACGAGAUUCGUGGCUUGAAAGCGAUCAUUCAUUCGCUCAGCAGAGAUGCCAUACCUGAUGGAAAUAUCUCGGAUCAGGACACAACACCAAACGUUCUACGACCUGGACUCAAUCGAAGCCGUACAGAAAGUGCUUCAGUUUCUGAAGAGGAGCGCCGUACCCGGGAGAAGCUAGAACGAGAAGUGAGUGAGCUCCGUGCUCUGGUGGAAAGCAAAGGCAAUAAAGAAGAACAGAUGGAGCGCGAGUUAGAGGGACUACGAAGGGGAAGUGUUGGCAAUCCUACUACGCAUCGCACUAGUGCCAUGAGCAGUGGAACUGUGACUCAGGAUAGAAAUUCUCUCCAAGAUACCAAGAGCACAGUUGAAAGCUGGCGAGAACGUGGAACUUCGGAUGCUCACCGUAACAAUCUGGAGACAAUGCCUGAGAAUGACGGCUACUCCUCUGCAGCUGAGGAUUUCUGUGAAUUGUGUGAAACCUCAGGUCAUGAUGUCUUACAUUGCCCGAUGUUUGGCCCCAAUGGCAACAGCAGCAAUUCUAAGGAUGAGUCUCCUAAGCAGCAACGAACAGGAAAGGAUGUUGUCAUGGAGGGACUCAAAUUAUCACCCAAGCCAUCCCAAGAAGAAUACAAACCGGCACCGUUAGCGCCAGCCAAGAAAUCGCCUGAUGCAUCGCCUAUCAAAACUAUCCCCAACCUCAUGGAACCAGGAGCUGCACCAGGAAAGGAAAGCGGAGUAAUUAAUAUGGAUAAAUGGUGCGGUGUGUGUGAACGGGACGGACAUGACAGUAUCGAUUGCCCUUUUGAAGAUGCUUUUUAG